CCCAGGAGCCGGGCAUGGAGUGGUUGGAGCUAGGCCUUGCUGGCGAAGCAGCGGCUCGGGCCGAGGCGGCGGCGCAGCGGGACAGCCCCGGGCAGAGCGCGGACGGCGGCGCGGCGGUGACCGGCGAGGAGUUUGGCAGCUCUCAGAAGCAUCCCUUGGGAUCUUCACUUCUGAAGACUUUGUCGUUGUUGGAGUUCUCAGGGGAUAAUAAACUUUGGCAAACCUACCUGGAAGGACUGAAGAAAUUCCUUGCCUUCAGGGAAAGCAUGGGAAUGCCUGCAGCCUGGCCCAUUCCCAAGGAGCAAGUUAGAGGAUUUUUGGCUGCGGAAUCUCCUUGUUUAUCCCCGAAGACACUGAUGCAUGUGGCAGCACUGACUUACUUAUCAAAACUGACCGGUAACCCUGAUCCUUUGGAAGAUGCUAUAACCCGUCGCAUGGUGGUGGGGCUGAAACGUCGAGCAGGCAUCCUGAGGGAUAAAUACUUGCCUAUAACAAUUGAGAUGCUGCGAUCUCUCUUAGGAGUUCUGGAGACUGUGUGCAUAACCCAUUAUGAAUGUUUGCUGUUUCGUGCAUUGUUUACUGUAGCUUUUUUUGGGGCACUCCGAAUAGGGGAGUUGGUGGCAAAGCACCAUAACGUACUGCAGCCUGAGCUGCUGUACCUGAGCGACCUGCAGCUGCUGGAGAGGAGGGCGGUGUUACAUCUCCCUGCCUCCGCGGAGAGUCAGGUGAGACAUGUCAUCAGCCUUGGCUUGUCUGGGGAGCCGUGGGUCUGCCCGGUGCUGGCCCUGCGGAACUACGUGACAGCUCGUUCGCGGCAGCAAGGACCGCUCUUUAUGCACUGGGACAAUGAGACUGUGACUAAGAGGGAGUUCCUGACGGUGCUGCGGUGGGCCCUGCGGCUGCUGGGGCUGAGCCCGGAGCACUACGGUGUGCAUUCCUUCUGGAUGGGCGCUGCCAUCACUGCUGCCCGCUGCGGCUUUCCUGGGGAAGAUAUCACUCGCCUCUCAAGGUGGCCCUGUAUGUUCGCAGGGAGAUGAUCUCCCUCUGAUACAGAAAAACAGAAGCUAACGAAUUGCCUUCUUUCUGUAGAGUUGGUUUUUAACUGUAUAGUUUCUAGUUCACAUUAGGAACUUGGUUUUAAGCACCCGUAAUGAAUUUUCUAUCUCGCACUGGGAUGAUCGCUGAAGUUCACUCACGGUUGUGGUUUGCACUGCUUGCAGUGUUGGUUGUGGUUUGCGCUGUUUGCAGUGUUGACGGUGGUGGUGGGGGGAAUGUUAAAUCUGCUGUGUGGCCCUUGUCUGUCUGACAGGCCAAGUCUGCAGGCAGUUUGAUUUUUGUGUAGUGUUAAUAAAGGUUUUACUUAUAGAAGUUGU